AUGGUACACACCUCGCUUCCGCAACAUGAACUUCGUCUGCCCACAGAAACCACCACCGCCAUACCAACCAUCAUGAAGUACUUCACAGAACAUCUUCCCACCAAAACCCACGCCCACACUCUUCCAACUAAAGCCCAUAACAACAUCUCAACUGGUCUUCAAGGGCCUGCGGGCACUUCUAACCGCUCCUCUCGCCAAACACCCACCAAGGAAAGCGACGACACAUACAUCAAGCGCAUCGAAGAGAAUACUGCCAGAGAGGCUGGCGAAAUAAGCCUCAAGCGCGACUGUCUUGAUCAAGCAAUCUGGAAACGCCUCAAGAAGGUAGCAAAGAAGACAUCGCACUGUCUCCAAAAGGAGGCAACCAGCGCGAAACCAGCAAAGAAGCCAAAGCAGAAUGCUCCGGCAUACGGCGAAUACUCCAUACCAUACAUCUUCUGUUAG